AUGGCCGUCUUUCCUGUGCCAGACGUCUCGCCGCCCGUGGUCAUUGUCGCCCUUGUGGCAUUGUUUGCACUCGUCCGAAUCUACCAUGAGAUGACAACUGGUGCUCGGCGGCGGCGGAUGAUCCGAGAAAAUGGCUGCGAGCCCGUAUACCAUUAUCCGCACAAGGGCAUCGGUGGUAAGCUGCUCGGAUUGGAUGUCAUCAAGGAGAUGGUCACCUCUGUGAAAGAAGGUUGCAUGCACGAGACGACUCGACGGAGGAACUUUUCCAACGGCAGAAAGACGUUGAAAGUCAAGAUUCUCAGACAACGAUUCAUCUCCACCAUUGAGCCAGAGAACGUCAAGACCAUCCUGUCGACGAGGUUUGCCGAUUACUCGUUGGGUCGUAGACGGAUAGAAGUCUUUGUGCCCAUCUUCGGCCACGGCAUCUUCGCCACCGACGGUCCCGCCUGGGAGAGGUCACGAGCCAUGGUGCGACCGAACUUUACAAGACAUCAAGUUGCCGAUCUCGACAUGUUUGAGGCGCACGUAUCUCAUCUCAUGGAUUCGAUUCCCCGCGAUGGAUCUACAGUUGAUCUGCAAGAUCUGUUCUUCGGCCUUACCAUGGACUCCGCGACCGAGUUCCUGUUUGGACAAUCGACCAACACACUGGCGCCGGGGCUGGAGACCGAGUCUGCAAGUGAGUUCGUCAAGGCAUUUGUCUAUGUCACCGAGGCCGUGACCAAGAACUUUGCCUCUGGCGGUCUCACCGACUGGAUUCCUGACAAGAAAUGGAGAAAGAGCGUGCAGAUUAUGCACGACUUUGCCGACAACAUAAUUCGAGAAGCCAUGGACGAGGUCAAGAAGGAGAAGGAGGCGCCGUCUGGCAGUGGCAGUCGUCGCUACGUCUUCUUGCACGAGUUGCUCCAUCAGACACAGGACCUCUACGCGUUGCGGUCUGAACUGCUCAACAUCCUUCUCGCCGGCCGAGACACCACGGCAGGUCUACUCUCCAACACUUGGCACGUCCUGUCGAAGCGCAAAGACAUCUGGGAGAAGUUGAAGGCCGAAGUCGAAGAGCUCGGCGGUGAAAGACCCGGCUACACGGCGAUCAAGGACAUGAAGUACCUCAAAUGGGUGUUGAAUGAGUCACUACGCCUGAUGCCCGUUGUCCCGGGAAACAGCCGCGAGGCGAUCAGAGACACCAUCCUGCCCGUCGGCGGUGGCCCAGACGGCCGGUCACCCGUGCUCGUCAAGAAAGGUGAAGUUGUCUCAUACUCUCCGUGGAGCAUGCAUCGUCGAGAAGACUUCUAUGGCCCAGAUGCGCUGGAGUUCAAGCCAGAGAGGUGGGAGACCCUGAGGCCCGGUUGGGAGUAUCUGCCUUUCAACGGCGGCCCACGGAUCUGUGUCGGCCAACAGUAUGCGCUGAUGGAGGCGAGCUAUGCCACCAUCAGAAUCAUUCAGACUUUCCCCAGAAUUGAGAGCAGAGAUGAGCGGGAAUGGAGGGAAUGGCUGACGAUCACGUUGGCGAGCGGCGUGGGUUGCAAGGUUGCCAUGUUUGAGAAGUAA